AUGUACAAACUCGGUCGCCGUAGCUUGGGCCCAGCCUUGAAGGCUGUCAGGGACGCGCCUGUUCGCAGCUCGAUACAGCAACGACGAAACCUCAGUAUCCAUGAAUACCUCUCGGCGAGACUGCUAAAAUCGUAUGGCAUCGGCGUUCCUGAUGGAGAGGUUGCAAAGACACCCCAAGAGGCCGAGGCAAUUGCGAAGAAGAUCUCCGGAGAUGAUAUGGUCAUCAAAGCUCAAGUUCUCGCUGGUGGCCGAGGCAAGGGCACUUUCGACAAUGGCUUGAAAGGUGGUGUCAGAGUCAUUUACUCUCCUACCGAAGCAAAAAUGUUUGCUGAGCAGAUGAUCGGCCACAAACUCAUCACGAAACAAACCGGUGCUCGAGGCCGCAUUUGCAACUCGGUGUACAUUUGCGAGCGUAAAUUUGCCCGUCGAGAAUUCUACCUUGCCAUCCUCAUGGACCGAGCAACCCAGUCCCCCGUAAUCGUCGCGUCAUCCCAGGGUGGCAUGGACAUUGAGACCGUUGCAAAAGAGACGCCCGAUGCCAUCGUCACCACCCCCGUCGACAUCAACACGGGUGUGACGGAUGAGAUGGCGAGGAACAUUGCGACGCAACUCGGGUUCAGUGAACAAUGUAUAGAGGAUGCAAAGAACACCAUCCAGAACCUAUACAAGGUUUUCAUGGAAAAGGACGCCACACAGAUCGAAAUUAACCCUCUGAGCGAGACGAGCGAUCACCAGGUUCUUGCAAUGGACGCCAAAUUGGGCUUCGAUGAUAACGCGGAGUUCCGUCAAAAGGAGGUUUUUUCGUGGAGAGACACCACACAAGAAGACGCUGACGAGGUCAAGGCCGCAGAGUCGGGUCUUAAUUUCAUCAAGCUAGACGGUGAUAUCGGAUGUCUCGUCAAUGGCGCUGGUCUCGCCAUGGCAACUAUGGAUAUCAUCAAGCUGAAUGGCGGCUCCCCCGCUAACUUCUUGGAUGUUGGUGGUGGUGCUACCCCGGAAGCUAUCAAGGAAGCCUUCGAAUUGAUCACUAGCGACCCCAAGGUCACGGCGAUCUUUGUCAACAUCUUUGGAGGCAUUGUCCGAUGUGAUGCUAUUGCAUCGGGCUUGAUCCACGUUGUACAACAGAUGAACUUGCGCCUGCCUAUCGUGUGCCGUCUGCAAGGCACGAACAUGGAGAAGGCAGCUGAAUUGGUCAACAACUCCGGACUCAAGAUCUUCUCUAUCACCGAUCUUCAAGAUGCUGCGGCCAAGGCUGUGGACUUCUCGAAGAUUGUGAAGAUGGCAAGAGACAUUGAUGUCGGCGUCGAGUUUACCCUCGGUAUCUGA